UAUAAAAUUUAUAAACAAAGACAAGUUCAAGAAAUUGCUGAUCGCAGGCUAGCAAGUGAUCAAAGCAAAAUCACACAGAGCACCAGCCCAGUCAAAAAUUAACGGUAUCAAAUUUUAUACAUUGAAAAAAAAAGUCUUGAAAUAUUGAUCAUGCCGGCAGGAGCAAGUACAGGAGAGUACAUAAGAUUUUUCAUCGCUGCAAUGAUCAGUGCAUUUGCAGGCUCACAACUUGUUCAUACUUAUUAUCGGCCCUUGGAUGAUAUGGACCAGUUAGUAGAAGAAGAAAUAAAACGAAGAACUGAACAACUCAAGCAGACUUGAUUUAUUAUAUAAAUAAUUUAAUGUGAAGAUAUGUAAAUAAUAGAAUGUUUGAAAUUGUUACUUAAUAAACAGACUGAUAAAAAUGUA